AUGAUCAGGCAGAAGGUGGCUGUUGCAGUGAAUCUGUAUCAUUUCAUGGUGAGCUUAGAAGGGGACCUGGAGGUGUUGGAGCCCAGCCACACUCCUCUGCUGGGAAGUGCCCCCUUUCAAAGGUCUCAGCAUCCGCACGCUACCUCCUGCCGCCACUUCCACCUGGGCCCCCUGCAGCCGCAGCAGCUUGCGCCCGACUUCCCCCUGGCCCACCCCGUGCAGUCACAGCCGGGCCUCAGCGCCCACAUGGCCCCGGCCCACCAGCACAGCGGCGCCCUGCACCAGUCCCUGACCCCGCUGCCCACCCUCCAGUUCCAGGAUGUCACAGGUCCCUCCUUCCUACCUCAGGCCCUGCACCAGCAAUACCUCCUGCAGCAGCAGCUCCUGGAAGCCCAGCACCGCAGGCUCGUCUCGCACCCCAGGCGGAGUCAGGAGCGCGUGUCUGUCCACCCCCACCGACUCUACCCCAGCUUCGACUUUGGCCACCAACUCCAGACACCUCAGCCCAGGUAUUUGGCUGAGGGCACUGACUGGGAUCUCAGUGUGGACGCCAGCUUGAGCCCUGCUCAGUUCCAGGUGCGGCCCAUCCUUCAGCACUAUCAGCAUUACCUAGCGACGCCUCGAAUGCACCACUUUCCCAGAAACUCCUCCUCCACGCAGAUGGUUGUCCAUGAAAUCCGAAACUACCCUUACCCUCAGCUUCACUUCCUUGCUCUCCAGGGACUGAACCCCAGCAGACACAUCUCUGCUGUGCGGGAGAGCUAUGAGGAGCUGCUGCAGCUUGAGGACAGGUUGGGAAAUGUGACUCGAGGAGCUGUACAGAACACUAUUGAGAGGUUCACCUUCCCCCACAAGUACAAGAAGAGAAGACCCCAGAAUGGCAAGGGCAAGAAGGAAGAGGGGGAGGAGUCAGACACUGACGAGAAAUGCACAAUUUGUCUGUCUAUGCUGGAGGAUGGAGAAGAUGUGAGGCGCCUACCCUGUAUGCACCUUUUUCACCAACUCUGCGUGGACCAGUGGCUCGCCAUGAGCAAGAAAUGCCCCAUCUGCCGGGUGGACAUUGAGACACAACUGGGAGCUGACAGCUGAGGAAGGAAUUAGCCAGUGGAUGCCCCAUUUUCCUUCACCAGGUCCCCCCACGGCCAUAGCCCUUGCAGCCAAACUUUGCCUUCUGAGCCAUUUGACGUAGAGGAAAAGCCUGCAAGCACAUUUUGUGGAAAGAAGAGUUGGUGGUAUCUGUGUCCGAGGGAAAGGAAGGGUGGGGGAGGACCCACCCAUCCAGAAUGGUGACUGUCCCCAUCUGCCUCGCUGCGCGGGAGGGAGGGAGCUGGCCGUGCCCAGAGCAGGGGUGGGAAGGGGGGGCCCAUGCUGCUGAGAAUCUAGACGCGAUCCUGAAGGUCCUAGCUGAUAGACCGGCCCCUCAAUCCUGCCCUUUGAAGGAUUGUAUAUAUACCUCUCGACCACGUAGAAACCAUGUAGGGGUCUCUAGCUAUUUCUGUGGAUGGCAGCCAGAGCAUGUUAGCUUAAGAAAAAUGUUGUGUGUGGUGCUCUAGUCAUCUUGUGGUGGACAUGUCGCUAUUACCGAAUUUGCACCAAAUAUUUCUCAUUGAGUUUCUUGUGUUGGUGCCUGACCGAAGCAACCAACGACAGCCCAAAUCUUCCCAUCUUUAAGAGAGAAAUGGGAAAAGGAAUCAGAAAUGAAAAAAAAGCCAAAUCCUGUUUACGAUGAAAAAAGGAUAAUUUUUUUCACCCAGGUUGGGAAGCAGGGAGGGGGAUGGGGGUGCCCUUGUUUUGUUUUCCGUUUUGGUUUUUCCCUUUGCUUUUUCUCAUGUUUACAAUGCAUGGAGCAUGGAAGGGGGCAUCUGGGAAUGGGUAGGACUGGAGAAGGAGCAGAUGGGGGUCUUAGAUGGGCCUUUGAGGGGCUCAGCCGGGGCUGGGAAGGCAGAGUAGGUAAGAGAAGAAUUCUGUCUUGAAGGAGGGAUCCCCAGCUCCAGAGCCCAUCCACUGAGCUCCAGCCAUCUCCCCAGUUCCACACUGAACCAGGGAGGGGCCAGCCUUCAACUAAAGUAGCCACCAGGUUCCUCAGAGCCAGGAUACCCCUUACCAGGCCAACUUCUUCCUUUCAGCCUGCGUAUGCCCUGUCACAAAGAGGCAAUUUGGCCACUGCCUCCCUAUGCAAAAAAUUAACCAGAUGACGAAGCUAAGAUAGCAUAGGUGAUGGAUACUUGGUCCUGGCCAAAGUGCUCUCAGCUAGCACUCAAGGGCUGAGGCCAAAUACUGUGGACCUUGAGGAGAACUUUGACCUUCCUUAGGGAUGGCUCAAAUCUUGAUGGAGACCCUUGGAGAAGGCCCUGGGCUGAGACCCUGCUGGCUGGGUUUGGGAGGCACUGUGUCCCUAGCCUCUGGCUAUUUCUCUGACUCUUUGAUAACGUUGGACAAGCCCCUUUCUUUCUCUGUGCCUCAGUUUCCUUCUCCUUAGAGUGGGGAAAACAACAGUGCAUCUCCAUUUCCACUCCUCUACCUCACCUAGCUGUUGUGAGGAUCCAUACUAUCUGCCCACACAUUGGCGCUCUCUCUUGGGAACCUCCUCGGGGUGUAGGGAUGGGGGCGGUAGGAGAGGCAGACCUGCAGUUCCAGGUGACAUCAUAUUGUGUGUCUUUCUGCACCACCCUGCAGUUUUUCUGAAUCUCAAGGAGAGCAGAGACAUGGGAGAACAGAGGGCUGGAGAUAGGAAAAUCUACCAAAUUCCACCAAAUCCACCAAUCCCAACCCAACUUUCUUUAUCUAUAAGAGGAAACCCCCAGCUCAGCUGGGCUUCUGCCCUCUUCCUUUACCCCUCCCCUCCUCCUACCCCUCAUUUGCACUGCCCCCAAAGGCCUGCCCCCCACCCAAGUCUCAACGCCCUCAUAUCAAUAAGAGAAGACUAGGGGGUCCAGGAUAUUUAUCACAUAUAUGAAGGAAUUCCAUAAGGUUAAGGAAAUUGAGUCUGCAUUGCUGCUACAAAGGGUAAAACCAGGACCAAUGGGUAAAAAUGACUGGAAGGCAGAUUUUGGCUUGAGGUGGAACCUUCUAGCACAAUGGGAACUGUCAGGUGGAGGGAUGGCUACUCUGGACACCUACAGGCAGAGUGGGGGAGGUGGCUUCUGGUGGGAGGUUGCACAAGGAUGUUCCGCAGGCUAUGCCAUCUUUCCUGAGCGCCUGCCAGUGCAGGUGUUGGGACAGGCGAUAGCAAAGAAGAUGAUGAGCUCCUCUGGGAGCUUACACUGUAGCUGAGGAGCUAAGACACAAAGAAUAGUGCAAAAAUGGUUAAUAGUCUGAUUCUGGGUUAAUGGCAAUGAGCAUGACCUUGUCCUCUUCACUGAUUCCAGUGUGUGAACAGUGUCUCUAGGGCUAAAGGUGGAGACCCUGACAAAGUGGAAAGUACUUCCGAGGCAGAAUCUGGGGGAAAGCUAGUUACUAGUUCCCCCUGGAAGCUGGGAAUUCUCCCCACCCUGCUUUGACCCCCAGGUAGCCAGGGUGGUCUAGGGAAGGUCACUCCCCUCAUAGUCUUGGGCUCUUAUUCUCUCUAAGGCCAGUUUGAAAGGCCAGUAGGUAGAGGGAGUCAGUGGGGAGGCCAGAUGGAGUGAGAGCUGGAGUCCUGGUUCCUUCUUGGCUCUUCACUGACAAAGUGGGUAGUGCUAGAAACCGACCUUCCUCUCUCUGGGCCUCAGUUUUCUCUGCUGCCACACGAGGAGGUUGGAUUAGAUGCUUGCUAAAUUUCCUUCCAACACUCACAUUCUCUGAUCCUCCCUGACAUUAAUACAUCAUUCAAGUCAUUAGAGCUGUGCGCUAACUGAGCUGUUGAAAUGACUUGCUGUGGGCACCGAUGUCUGUUUCAGAGGCUGAGAGUGGGAUGUAGUCUCCUCCCCCUCCCAGUUGUCUGCAGGCUCCCGAGUGCCCCAGGCUAACUUUAGGCAUUGCCUGGGGUGGGUGGGGAUCACCUGGAGGGGAAAGGUCAGCACUAGCUUUGGGGAUAGAGCCUAAAGCUUCUGUCCCCUCAUCUCUUUGGGGCCCUCUUACCCCGCAGGUGGGCACAGGAGGUGACAGGGUCCCAGGCACCACUGAGCUCCUUUAUCGGGGCAGCUGUCUGGCCAACAAGGGAGGACAGGGUGUCUGUGCUUCUCCUCCCUCGAGGCCCCGUCCCCCUUGGUCCAGGAGCCAGGAAAAGUGGAGAAGAGGCAGGCUCAGGCAUCAGCAUCUCACACCCACCACCUCCAGGAGGAGACCUCCUGUCCUCCUCCUUCUGCUCAACUCAAGGGACUCAGACCCUUUCUUGACUGAGACGCAUGAGUGCCUUCUGGGGCAAGAGCUGCCCCAGGAUCAAGUUGGGCCUCCUGGCCACAGGGCAGCCCUGGCCGCAGUGGGUCCACCGAGGACACCCAUCUCGAAACCAACACCACAGCCUGGCCUGUGCGGACAGAGGAUGGGCCAUGGGGCUCCUCCACUUGCCGGGACCCCCUUGGGCCCUGCAGCCCUCCCCUACCACCUGUGAUGGGACACUAGCUCCUCUUCUGCACAUGUUCCCAGCCUCCGUGCAAGUAUUCUUAACCCUUUACGCCUAAUGAACAAGCACAGUUUUUUCAAUGGUGAAGAAAAAGCACCAGAUUUUUUUUUCCUGAAGAAAUCCCCCAAACCGCCCCCCGCCCUCCGCCGGCCGGCGGGACACACACUCCCUGAGUGGGGCUGUAGCAACGUCUGUCAGGUCGCCCCCCACCCUCGUGUUUCAUCUCCUGCGCGCGCGUAGAGCAAAUGCUAGAGCGAUUUCAGCUGAUAGAAAAACAAAAAUGAAAAACAAAAAACAAAAAACAUGGCACGUUGCUAGUUUACAGGGUUUUGUGAGUUUAAAUGCCUUAUAUUUAACAAUCAUAAUUUAUGACUAACUUGUAGAUAUCGUGGGUUCUUAUUUAAUUAUUUUUAUAGUUGUUUUGCAUUUUUAAUUAUAAUUUAUUUAUUUAGAAAGGAUACUAAUUUUUUUUAUUACUCCUAUUACCUCAUUUUGCCGUUGUUUCUGGGAGUGGAAUGCUUUGCAUGCAUUGGUACGAUGACAAACAACUACGAAUACAAAAAAAAUUUUAAAUAAAAUUCCGCGAACUUUAUUUCGUCCAAAUAUCAGGGUGUGUGAUUGCAAGCUGUCCUACUGUGGUGCUGGCCUCUUUGGAUACAUUCCAUAUGAAAUGCAAACCUUUGAUUCUGUAUGCUGUGAUCUAGUGAAAAACUCCAAUAUAGUGACUGUAUUUAGCACAUAUAUUAAUAUAAUUUGCACUUGUCAGCAGACUGGGAUAAUCCUUUCACUUGCUACCCUUGUCCCCCUGACUCCUCAUCACUAGCCUGUCUUCCCUUCUUCCCUUGCCCUUCCCACGCCUCAGCUCACCCUGCCUCCCUCUUCUGAGGUAGCUCUGGGGGCACUGGAGGUCAGUCUCUCCACCUGGGCUACAAAUCCCUCUGGUUCCAGAAUGUUCCCUUUGGACAUGGCCAGCAGGAGCCUGGUUUAUUAGAAUGAACCCUGGCCUGGAGAUCAGGAGGCUUGGGUUUUCAGACCAGCUCUAUUGUAACCUUCUCUGUGACCUUGAACAAAUCCCUUGGCCUCUCUGUGUCUCAGUUUUCUGGGUUUGGGGGUGGGAGGGCUGGAGGUGAGCAGGAGGGUCUCCAGGGUCCCUGGGAUCCAGAGAGAAUAACACGGAUCCGGUGGGAGACUCCCAUGCUGUGUUAAGUCACCCUCUCAGGAGAGAAGAAAGGAAAGAAGGAAAGAAGAGGAGAGGAACAGAGCAGACAGAGAAUGUAUCCAGUGGAUUUGCUCAAAGGAGAUACCCAGAGGGUUUCGGUCCUUUUAUAUGCAGCGUCCUGGAGUGACGGGGAGACAAGACACUGGAUACGGGGCAUGUGCUUUCACAAGGCUGGGCGGUCACUUAGAAAGUGAGCUGAAAUCCAUGUCUUGUUAGUUACGGGGAUGGGGUGAACCCCAAACUAUGGUGUUUAGAAUUGGCACCCCAUCCCAGCAUCUCUUGGAGGCUUUAUUGUUGAGGCAUCACCCUUGACAACAGAUUGGGGUGCAGAUUUUAGACUCAUGGUUCCUCCUCCCUAGUAUCUCCCCUUUACUCUCUGCCAUUGGUCCAGGGGGCUGUGGGCAGGGGCGCUGCUGUGGAUGGGGGUGGGCUCCAGUCUCACUGCCCCAGGAGGAGUGUAGGGGAGGGUUUGGGGAAGAGGUGGCCUCAGAGCCUGGCACAGCUGUGAGCUGAGAUGCCUUUGAGCUAACGGAGCGAGGAGGUCCGUGCCCCCAGAAGAAGCCUGGCCCGGAGUGGGAGAUCCACUCCUGUGCCUCCCGCAUGCCUGCCUCUUCCCUCCUCUCCUCCUUCCCCUCCUUUCCAGCCCAUCUUGCCUCUUGACAUCACUGCCUUUGCCUAAUGGAGCAGCCCACCCUCCACGUGAGGCCCCCUGGGAUGGUGCUGAUGGGGGAGGAAGUGGAUGCCCAAUUCGCCACACUGCCUGGCCAGGCUUGGAGAAGUGUCUGGGCCGUGCAUGGUCCCUAAGCCCCAGCUUUGCUCCGGCUGGACUAUGGGUCUCGUUCCCUGGGCUUCCUGCCUGCUGCCUGCCAGCUUCCCUUUCUGCCUCCGCCUGGAGCCUUGUUCUCCUGCUUUCCUUGGAGAGGGCCUGUGGAGUCCCCCACCGGGCGCAGACCACCACUGCUGGGCCUGGCAGACACUGCCCUCUUGGCAAGGCUCCUGGACGGACAUGCCUUACGCUGCUCUGCAGGGUCAGAGUGGGAAGGGGCCCUUUGCCCUGGCUGGCCUGUGCCCCCCACUCCUCACUGCAGCCUUCCUCUCCCCCAGCCCUACCCCUGGCCUUGGCUGCAGCUCAUUUCUCAGCUGUGGAGCUAGCCUCACUGGGCCCUCCAGGGGGUAAUUUGGUUGCCCCUGGUAAGUGAAAGGAUUAUCUUCAGCGUUGAUUGUCCUUUUUUGUAAUCCUCCUGCUGUUCUGUUCUGUUGUGCUGUGCAACAUUUUGCUACAUAGACUAUUUUAUAGCAGAAAGCUAGAAGAAUAUUUAUUAUGAAUAUUAAAGCAAUAGUGCAUCAAUGAAAAGGCGGAGACAUUAGGAAUCGUGUAAAUGCUUAGAUUCACUUUUGGUGGAUUUUUUGUACUUUAUUUAUAACUAAUAAAAAUGACCUGCAUUGCUAACUACA